UUUAACCUCCACACUUUCUGCUUUUCUAAAAAAUGCAACAUCUGUAACCUCGAGCUAAGGGCUACCUUGGUCUAGGUGAUACGCCUACUUAUUUUUUAUUCUAUUUAAGUACAUCAAGUACUUAUACAACUACAUACGUGAUGUAUGUGCAGUGGGCGGGAAAAACCAACCUGUGGGUGGCUCGAAGCCCCGUUGGGCGGUGGUUUCGUUUGGAGAACUCAGGCCAUCCCAAAGAACGCAAGGGUAGCUUCUUUUUCACCGAGAUCCGUGCGGGGCUGGCCACCUUCUUCGCCAUGGCCUACAUUAUCAGUGUGAAUGCCACCAUCACCUCGGACACCGGUGGUACCUGUGUUUGUCCGGCCGAGAGCAUGGCUGAUAACUGCGACACCAACACCGAAUAUCUGCUAUGUGUGCAAGAAGUUAAGCGAGAUAUUAUUACUGCCACUGCCGCCAUUGCUGCCUUGUCGACAUUUUGUAUGGGAUUGUUUGCGAAUUUGCCGGUUGCGCUCGCUCCUGGAAUGGGGUUGAAUGCUUACUUCGCCUACACCGUUGUUGGACACCAUGGAAGCGGUCUUAUCCCGUAUCGGAUUGCAUUGACGGCUGUAUUUGUGGAAGGAUGGGUGUUUCUGGCAUUGACGCUACUGGGAAUUAGACAAUGGCUGGCGCGAGCUUUACCGGCAUCCAUCAAGCUGGCUACUGGUACAGGCAUUGGGUUGUAUUUGAGCUUGAUUGGGCUCACUUACAGUGCAGGAAUUGGCCUCGUGACUGGAGGUUCAGACAGUCCGAUGGAAUUGGCAGGAUGCACAGAUGCUUUUCGGUCUGGAGAUGCCGGAGUCUGUGCUAGUGCUGGGAAGAUGCGUAAUCCGACCAUGUGGAUUGGUAUCUUUUGCGGUGGAAUGAUGACGGUGCUGUUGAUGCUGUAUCGGGUCAAGGGCGCAGUGAUCAUGGGAAUUCUUCUCGUGUCGAUUAUCUCGUGGCCGCGUCCAACUCCAGUGACGUACUUCCCACACACCGAGCUGGGGGAUAGUUCGUUCGACUUUUUUAAACAGGUUGUCACAUUCCAUCCCAUCAGGAAAAUCUUGGUGGCGCAGGAGUGGGAUAUCUCUGGCCAUGGGAGCCAGUUUGGGUUGGCUUUUAUUACCUUUUUGUAUGUGGAUAUUCUCGACACCACCGGAACUCUUUACUCCAUGGCUCGAUUCGCUGGGGCCAUCGAUGAUCGAACCCAGGAUUUUGAAGGCAGUGCCAUGGCAUAUAUGGUUGACGCGAUUUGCAUCUCGAUCGGUUCGCUUUUCGGCACAUCCCCUGUAACCGCCUUUGUAGAAAGUGGUACCGGUAUCUCGGAAGGCGGAAAAACCGGCAUGACCUCUUGUGUAACCGGUAUCGCGUUUUUCAUCGCCCUCUUCUUCGCUCCCAUCUUCGCUUCGAUUCCUCCGUGGGCCACGGGUUGCACGCUGGUUAUUGUGGGCGCGUUGAUGGCCAAGGCUGCCGCAGAGAUCAACUGGAAAUACUAUGGAGACGCCAUUCCAGCUUUCCUGACAAUCGCCAUUAUGCCUUUCACCUACAGUAUCGCAUACGGCCUGAUCGCGGGUAUUCUGAGCUACAUCGCCAUCAAUGUUAUUGUGUGGGUGAUCGAGAAAGCGUCUGGGGGUCGCAUCAAGCCGCCGAACAAGGACGAAAAGGAGCCAUGGACGUACAAGCUUCCUGGAGGGGUCUUCCCACCAUGGAUGCAGCGUGCUGCACGGGGCAAAAAGGAUUUCUGGCGAGAGGACGAGGAAAGAGCAGGUGUUGCACCGGAGGAGUCGAUAUCUUCUCACGAGGGACAGCAGGUUCAUGUACGGGAAGGAGAGAAGUCGUAAUGCAUAUAUGUAACUAGAUCAGUAUUGCAAAUAAUUAAAAAUUAGCUCUGAAUUUACUCCGAACCCCCUGUUUGGGACAAAAGUACACACCGUCGUAGAACUCCAGUGGUACGUACACGAUGAUAGAUGCACAUCAUGAUAGGCUGGGAAAUUAUUCCGGAAUGCUAUGUAUGAACUGACCAAACUAUUUAGACUAGAUGUCCGCAUUCCUUGCUUCU